ACGUCUUGUGCCUCGUGGACUGGACUAGGAGGACUGGAUUACUUUCCAUUCUUGCUACUGCUUCCUUUCCUUCUUCUCCCUCUCACACUCGACUUCAUCUCUUUGUCCUCCUCGAACCUCUCCCUCUCUUCCUCGAGUUCAAUUCAUAGCGAACAGCGACCACACUCACAAUGUCGCAGACUUUCUCUACGGCCGAUGUGGCCAAGCACAACAAGGGCGAUGACCUGUACAUCAUCGUCGACGAGGAUGUCUACGAUCUGACCAAGUUCCAAGAUGAGCACCCAGGUGGCAAGAAGAUUCUCACGAGAGUCGCCGGAAAGGAUGCGAGCAAACAAUUCUGGAAGUACCACAACGAGAGCAUCCUCAAGAAGUACAAGAAACUCCAAGUCGGCUCGCUCGACAGCAAGAAAGCCGCCGAACCCACUCCUCCACCCUCCCCCAAGGCCUCCCCGAAGGAAGCCGUCGUUCCCCAAGCCGAGUCCGGUUUCAUCGCUCCCGCUCCAGGCCCAGCCGCCGCCGCCGAGAUUGCCGAGCCUCUGGACGCAUUUGGCGACUUGGUUCCCUACGCCGACCCCUCGUGGUACCAAACUUACCACACCCCAUACUUCAACCAAACCCACGCGGAUCUGCGAGCGGAGAUCCGCGAAUGGGUGGAGGAGAAGAUCAUGCCAAACGUGACAGAAUGGGACGAGGCGAAGAAGGUGCCAGAUGAGAUCUACAAGGAGAUGGGCGAACGUGGAUACCUCGCCGGUCUGAUGGGCCAACGCGAAUGGCCAGAGCAUCUGACCAAGUACAAGAUCGCCUCGGUCGAUCCGAAGAAGUGGGAUCUCUUCCAUGAGAUGCUCCUCACCGACGAGCUCUCCCGCGCGGGCUCCGGCGGUUUCGUCUGGAACGUCAUUGGCGGUUUCGGAAUUGGUAUGCCACCUCUCGUCAACCACGGCAAGAAGGAGUUGGUGGACCGCAUUGCGCCGGGAAUUCUGGCGGGUGACAAGAGGAUCUGUCUGGCGAUCACGGAGCCUGAUGCGGGUAGCGAUGUCGCGAAUUUGACGUGUGAGGCGAAGCUGUCCGAGGACGGGAAGCACUACAUCGUCAACGGAGAGAAGAAGUGGAUUACCAACGGAAUCUGGUGCGACUACUUCACCACCGCCGUGCGAACCGGAGGCGAAGGAAUGGGCGGCGUCUCCGUCCUCCUCAUCGAGCGCGAAGCCGGCGGCGUCAGCACCCGACGCAUGGACUGCCAGGGCGUCUGGUCCUCCGGCACCACCUACGUGACCUUUGAAGACGUCAAAGUCCCCGUGGAGAACCUGAUCGGCAAAGAAAACCAGGGCUUCAAAGUCAUCAUGACCAACUUCAACCACGAACGCAUCGGCAUCAUCAUCCAAUGCAUCCGCUUCUCCCGCGUGUGUUACGAAGAAUCCGUCAAGUACGCCCACAAGCGGAGGACGUUCGGACAGAAAUUGAUCGAACACCCUGUCAUUCGUCUCAAACUCGCACACAUGGCUCGGCAAAUCGAGGCGAGUUAUAACUGGAUGGAGUCGCUCAUCUUCCAAUGCCAGCGCAUGGAUGAGACGGAGGCGAUGUUGAAGUUGGGGGGUGCGAUUGCGGGAUUGAAGGCUCAAGCAACAGUCACAUUCGAAUUCUGCGCGCGAGAGGCGAGUCAGAUUUUUGGUGGAUUGUCGUACAGUCGUGGUGGACAGGGCGCCAAGGUGGAGAGGUUGUAUCGCGAUGUGAGGGCGUAUGCGAUUCCGGGUGGCAGUGAGGAGAUUAUGUUGGAUUUGAGCAUAAGGCAGAGUUUGAAGGUUCAUCAGGUUUUGGGGAUGAAGUUGUAGGUGGACGACGCACGAGGGAGAUGUUGGAUGAGCAUGCGGGAAGGAGGGCAUUGUGAGCUGGGUUUUUGAGGAGAGCGCGACAGCCUCUCCCUCACAUUUUUCUUGAUAUCUAUCAUAGGUAUACACAAUACAUUUCACUAUGUUGAAGC